AUGGCUGAAAGAAAUAACACAAUUGUAUCUGACUUCAUUCUUUUGGGUGUCACAAAUCGUAGAGAGCUGCAGUUUCCUCUUUUCAUGGUGUUUUCAGUUGUUUACAUUAUCACCCUUCUGGGGAAUCUGGGGAUGAUCACAUUAAUAAAGAUGGACUCCCAACUCCACACUCCCAUGUACUUCUUCCUCAGCAGCCUGUCCUUUAUAGACCUCUGCUAUUCCUAAGUCACACCUCGGAUGCUGGCCAAUUUUGUAGCAGACUAUAAAGUCAUUUCCUUUACUGGAUGUUUGAUACAGUGUUAUCUCUUCAUUGCACUGGUGCUUACGGAGUCCUUCAUCCUGGCCAUCAUGGCAUAUGAUAGGUAUGUAGCCAUCUGCAACCCGCUGCUCUAUACCACAAAGAUGUCAUGGAAGGUUUGCAUGUGGCUGGUGGCAGUUCCCUCUGCAUAUGCUUUCCUAGAUGCCAUGAUACAGACCAUAUUCACCUUUCGCCUGACCUUCUGUGGCUCCCAUGUCAUCAACCACUUUUACUGUGCUGACCCACCUCUCAUGAAACUGUCCUGCUCUGACACCCAUAUCAAAUUGACCCUGAUGUUACUUUCUGCCAGUUUCAACCUCAUCAGCUCCCUCGCUGUUAUUCUGACUUCCUACACCUUCAUCCUCUUCACUAUUCUGAAAAUUCGCAAUGCCGGAGCGAGGUACAAAGCUUUCUCCACAUGUGGCUCCCACCUGACAGCUGUCACCCUUUUCUAUGGGACACUCUUCGUCAUGUACAUCAGACGUCCUUCUAGCCUGUCCAUAGAACAGGGCAAAAUAGUCUCUGUGUUCUAUGCCGUGGUGAUCCCUAUGCUAAAUCCGUUGAUCUACAGCCUAAGGAACAAGGAGGUCAAGGGUGCCUUGAAGAGAUUAUUGCAGAGGAAAGUGUUCUUGCAUUAA